UCUAAUCAAUUUCCUUCUUUGAAAAAGAUCGCAACCUUUUCUCUCUUUCUCUGUGUCUUUGCCUUAUCCUCUUCUUGUCCUUGUGCUCUUCUUCUGCAUGCUCCAAUGGAUAGCUACUACCAUCAACACCACAACCCUCACUUUGACAACAACAAUGAACCACAUUUACCUCCUGGCUUCAGAUUCCACCCCACAGAUGAAGAACUCAUCACAUACUACCUCCUCAAGAAGGUUCUAGAUAGCUCCUUCACUGGCCGAGCCAUAGUUGAAGUCGACCUCAACAAGUGCGAGCCAUGGGAACUUCCUGAGAAAGCAAAGAUGGGUGAGAAGGAAUGGUACUUCUAUAGCCUUCGUGACCGAAAGUACCCAACUGGGUUACGCACAAAUAGAGCCACUGAAGCUGGUUAUUGGAAAGCCACUGGAAAAGACAGAGAGAUUUACAGCUCCAAAACUUGCUCACUCGUUGGCAUGAAGAAAACCUUGGUUUUCUAUAGAGGAAGGGCUCCAAAGGGUGAAAAGAGCAACUGGGUCAUGCACGAGUAUCGCUUAGAAGGCAAAUUCGCUUACCACUAUCUCUCUAGGAGCUCCAAGGAAGAGUGGGUGAUCUCACGUGUGUUUCAGAAGAACACCACCGGCGGUGGCUCCACCGUGUCAUCCGCCUCCGCCGCCACCACCGGUGGUAGUUCUAAGAAAACAAGAAUGACCACAUCAAACAAUAGCAGCAACAUGAGCCUCUGCCCCGAACCGGGUUCACCCUCUUCCAUAUACCUUCCGCCGCUUCUAGAAUCUUCUCCUUACGCCGCGGCUGCGGCAACAUUCAACGACCGCGAAAGAUGCUCCUUCGACAGCGCCGCCAACAACAACCAAAGGGAGCACGUGUCCUGUUUCUCCACCAUCUCCGGCGCCGCCUUCGACCACCUCGUUCCGUCGCCGGAGCCUCCGCUCGACCCUUCCGCUCGCUUUCAUCGUAACAACAACAACAACGUCGGUGUCGGAAUCUCCACCUUCCCGUGCCUCAGAUCCUUGCACGACAACCUUAACCUUCCCUUCUUUUUCUCUCCAACGGGCCACAUCAGCAGUGCUGAAGUGGCAUCAUUUGGUGCCGUUGGCAACUGGACGGCGGCACCGGAAGAGCACAGGAUGGCUGACAGUGGCUCCGGCAUGACGAUUGUACCGUCCGAGUUGGAUUGCAUGUGGGACUAUUGAAUUUUUUGCGUUGACGAACUAUGAUUGUUACUUUAUUAUUAGGCUUCGAAUACUGUAAUCUAUGCUUUUUAUUAAUUAUUAUUGGGAUUGAACUUUGCAAGGGUUGUUGAUUGUGAUUGUUAGCGUGGAUUUGGUAUUCUGGUUGGAUUGUACUGAUAUUUUAUUUAAGUUAAGAAUGUACAACUAGGGUGUAUUGAUUUAAUAUGACUGUGGGUUAGUUAAAUUGCGUGUAUUGAACUUUUUGAAUUUUAAUGCGUGAAUACAUAUAUUAUUG